AUGUCCCGUCCAGAAGAUUUAGCUCCACCAGAGAUAUUCUACAAUGAAUCUGAAUCUUUGAAAUAUACCAAAAACACCAGAGUUCAGCAUAUCCAAGCCAAAAUGACGUUACGCGCAUUAGAAUUGCUAAAUUUAAAUGAACCGAGUUUUUUGUUAGAUAUUGGCUGUGGAUCAGGACUAAGUGGUGAAAUAUUAAGCGAGGAAAAUCAUAUAUGGUGUGGCAUUGAUAUCUCACCAGAUAUGUUAGCAACAGGACUAUCAACAAGAGAUUUAGAUGGUGGCGACUUAUUUUUAAGUGAUAUGGGUCAUGGAAUUCCGUUUAGACCAGGGACUUUUGAUGCAGCCAUAAGUAUUAGUGCUAUUCAAUGGUUGUGCAAUGCUGACACUAGUUAUAACGACCCAAAGCAAAGACUGAUGAGGUUUUUUAAUUCUUUAUAUAGUAGCCUAAAAAAGGGUGGGAAAUUUGUUGCACAAUUUUAUCCCAAAAACGACGAUCAGAUACAACAAAUAUUGCAGGCUGCCAAAGUUGCAGGGUUUGGAGGUGGGUUGAUCAUAGAUAAUCCAGAAUCUAAAAAAAACAAAAAAUAUUAUUUAGUUUUAACUUGCGGCGCUGGUGGUAGCGAUAUUAACUUGGAGGGUGCUACAAUGAACGAAAGUGCAGUCAAGAGAGAUGCUGGUACAAAAAAGAAGAAUUCGAUUAAAGAAAAUAAAAAAACGUAUAUUCAAAGAAAGAAAGAAUUAAUGCGUAAGAGAGGUAGAAAAGUUGCCAAAGACUCAAAAUUUACUGGUAGGAAGAGACGUCCUAGAUUUUAG